AUGCACCGGCUUUGGAGCUGUGCCGCCUGCCUCGGGUCUAUGCUUGUCGCCGUAUUGACACGAGGGACUGCCGCCGCGGCGCAUCACGACAAAUACCAAAUACACCGGUUGGAAAAGGCGCACGACGCUCACCGGAGACGCGACGACGAUACCUGUCAAUCCGGCUAUUCAUUAUGUCCCGCUUCUGUCAGCGGUGGCUGUUGCCCCAACAACUACGCCUGCGAGGCGACGUAUUGCUAUGCUACGACAGCUGGCCCAACAACAGCCUGUGGUAAGGCUGGAUACUAUAACUGUGGGCUGGAAGCACCAGGUGAAUUGCCUCUGUUGACCUGCUUUGUACGAAAUGCUGAUAGAUCUGUGUUAGGCGCUUGUUGUCCCACGAGUUAUAUCUGUGCCCCUGGAGGUUGCAACCCCCCAGUUGGAUUAGCUUACACAGAUUCAUGCCCUACAAGCUACUACUUAUGUCCAUCCUCUCUUGGGUAUGGUUGCUGCAAGAACGGGUUGGCUUGCGGCAGUAGCUCCUGUUACUCAACGGAACCGUCUACAUAUACCAUCACUUCGCCAGUCACGACGACCAACUCGGCUGGGAGCACCUUUACCUCGGUGGCGACAAUAACGGGUGUGACCACACCGGCUCCAGCCUCUGUCAGUACCGGCACCUCCAGCGCUUUACCGAAACUCAUUCCGAGCACUAUUUCCAAGGAGGCAGCGAUUCCAACUUCGUCAGAGGGCGAAGACGGAGGCGGAGGCGGCGGCCUUACACAAGGCCAACUUGGUGGCAUCGUCGGAGGUGUCGUCAGUCUCUUUAUUGCUGUAGUUGCUGCAGCCUUCUUCAUCAUACGGCGUCUGAAGCAGACGGCUCGGAUCGUAGAGGAAUCCAGGCGUGAAUCAUCUGCGGGGAAGACGUCUCAUAAGACUGGCUUUGGCGCUUCGACUGUGAUGGAGGUUGAUGAGGAAAUCGAUCCUCAUAUGCAGACACCCAGCAUUAGGCCGUCCCACCUUCGAGCCCAAUCCGAUUCGAGUGUUGAUUUACGACUCCAUUCUCCAGCGCGAAGCCCACAGCUCUCCUCGGGCCACUCGACACCCCCUGCGUCAGUCUGGCCUGGCCAGUACAACCCACUCCCUAACAUGGAUGCCGACGGCAUCCGCCAUCCGAGCAUCGAGUCGUCUACUGGGGGCUACUACGAUCCUGCGCGGUAUACGAAUCAGUACGGCACGAACCGAGGAAGCUCCGAUUCCCAAGCCACGUUUAGGGCUAGCAGACAGAGCAACGCCAGCGAAGUUAUCGGAAGCGCUGAUGGUGCACACGGAGUCUCGGAGCUGGAUGCUUCUGAAGCGGCUGCCCGGAGGCGAUCCAGCAGUGGUGCCACAAGACCGCCCGUCGCACACAUACGGCGCAGCAGUGAUGGUAGCCACCAUAGGGGGAAGAGCGACAGCUCGGUGCAAGCGGCUCCUCUGGGGACAGUUAGCGAAGAGUUACAUGGUUUCUAUGGACCACAAGACCGGACAGUCGGCCAGACUGCUGCAAGGCUGCAGCCAAAUCACUCGCAGAAUGGCUCGAUGGCGUAA